CUUCCACCACCACACUCCGCACGCCGCCAGUCACUCGCUCCGCUGGGCCUGGGGAUAUCGCCUCCGACUUCUCUCCCCGUUUAGCAUUCAGCCUAGAGCAGCGCAUACCCAACCCCCACGGCCAGCCUAUCUCCGUACCUGGUUCCGGUCAAGACCCCCGCCCCGGCUUCAAGUUUGAUAUCUGGUAAAAGCUCCGAAAAUCAACAAAGAUGAUUGCGGGGAGAGGUCGCCAGCGGAUACGCCCGCCACGGAGGGGUCUGCACGGCGAUGAAAUCGAUUUCGAGAACACUUGGGCUAUUAUCGAAGCCGCGUUCCGCGAGAUACACACCAAGAACGCAUCCCGGCUAUCGUACGAGGAGCUUUACCGGCAUGCCUAUAGGAUAGUGCUCAAGAAGAAGGGCGAGGAACUGUACAGGAAGGUCCACGAGUUCGAGAAAAAGUGGCUGAGCAGCGAAGUCCGCAGCGCUAUCCAACAGCUGCUGUCCCCGAACUUGUUGGCGAACACGCACAGCGUCGGCGGCACUACCACUAACGAGCGCCGCGUGGCGGGCGAGAAGUUCCUCAAGGGCCUAAAGCAGGCAUGGGGCGACCACCAAGUGUGCAUGAGCAUGCUUGCAGACGUGCUUAUGUAUAUGGAUCGCGUAUAUUGUCAGGACCAUCGUCGUCCGUCAAUAUACACUGCUGCCAUGGUUCUCUUCCGCGACGAGAUAUUGAACUCGCCCACCUCCGAGAGCGACGACCGCCUCAUACUCGGUCUCCUUGACCACGUCAUUCUGGAGCAAAUACAGAUGGAGCGCGACGGGGAUGUAAUAGACAAGCACCUCAUCAAGUCCUGCGUGCAUAUGCUCGAUGGCUUGCACGCAGACGACAUGGAGUCGGAAGAGCAGCGCCUCUACAAUGUGUCCUUUGAGCUGGCAUACCUGAACACGAGCAGGGAUUUCUACCGGAAUGAAGCAGAACUGCUGCUCCGCGACUCCGACGCCGGCGCCUACUGCAAACACGCGCGGCGGCGCAUCAAUGAGGAGGAGGACCGCUGCAGGUCGACGCUGUUGGAGGCCACUAUGCCCAAGAUCCAGAAGGUGGUGGAAGACGAGCUGAUCAAGAACCGAAUCCACGAGCUGGUCGAGAUGGAGAGCGGCGUUUGCUUCAUGAUCGAUAAUGACAGACUGGACGAGCUGAACCUCAUUUACGAUCUCAAUGCCCGCGUCGACGAUAAGAAGUCGGAGGUCACCCGAGCCAUUCAGAAGCGCAUUGUGGACAUGGGCACCGAAAUUAACAACGACGCUAUCGCCGCAUCGCAAGCGUCCGCAUCCACAUCCACGUCCGCCCCCGCCCCCUCCGAUGCUGGAGACAAAGGCAAGGGCGCAGCACAGGAGAAGACUCUCAAUCAGCAGACGGUCGCCGCCAUCAAGUGGGUGGAGGAUGUUUUGAUGUUGAAAGACAAAUUCGAUAGGAUCUGGCGAGAUUCCUUCCAAACCGAUAAUCUGCUGCAGACCGCCAUGACGCGAAGUUUCGCCGACUUUAUCAACUCGCCGACGUUCCCUCGAUCGUCGGAAUACAUCUCGCUGUUCAUCGAUGAGAACAUGAAGAAGGGCAUCAAAGGCAAGACGGAAAUGGAGAUCGAUCUCCUCCUUGAGAAGGCCAUCGUCCUGCUACGGUACGUGCAGGACAAGGAUCUAUUCGAGCGCUACUACAAGAAGCACCUGUGCCGACGCCUCCUCAUGAACAAGUCUAUCUCGAACGAGGUCGAGAAGCAGAUGAUCUCGAAGAUGAAGAUCGAGCUAGGAAACAAUUUUACCAUGAAGCUAGAAGCCAUGUUCAAGGAUAUGACCAUAUCCGAAGAACUCACGGUUGGAUACAAGCGACAUGUCGAAGGCCUCGGCGACAGGGAUCCGAAGCGCAUAGAACUCGCCAUCAACGUCCUCACCAGCAUGACUUGGCCUAUGGAGACGAUAGGCGGCUCAGGCGAGGAUGAUGCGGGAAGGCGGCCCAAGUGCAAUUUCCCGCCGGCUGUGGAAAAGGUCAAGCGCGGUUUCGAGAAGUUCUACAGCGAGAAGCAUUCCGGACGACAGCUCACCUGGCUUCCAAAUAUGGGCUCCGCCGACAUCAAGGCCGUGUUUCCCAAGGUCCCGCAGAAGGACGGAUCGUACAAAGAGCGUCGCCACGAACUCAACGUCUCAACCUACGGCAUGGUCAUCUUGCUGCUGUUCAACGAGCUUCCUGCAGACCAGUACCUCACCUUUGAGGAGAUUCAGGCCCAGACGAAUAUUCCCCAUAACGACCUGGUACGCAACCUGCAGUCACUAGCUGUGGCGCCCAAGACACGCAUCUUGAUCAAGGAGCCCAUGACCAAGGAUGUGAAAAUCAGCGACAGGUUCUACUUCAACGAAAGCUUCAAGGCUGGUUUCGUCAAGAUCAAGGUCGGCGUCGUUAGUAGCGGCAACAAGGUCGAGAGCGACCGCGAACGACGUGAGACCGAGAAGAAGAAUGAUGAUUCGCGCAACUUCUGCAUUGAGGCUGCUGUGGUGCGAAUCAUGAAGCAACGCAAGGAGCUUCCUCAUCAACAGCUGGUCCUCGAGACCAUCAACCAGCUCGCGGCCCAGUUUAAGCCCGAGGUCAACAUGAUUAAGAAGCGUAUUGAAUCCCUGAUCGAGCGCGAGUAUCUCGAGCGCAUUGAAGGCGCGAAAAUCGACUCAUAUCGGUAUCUGGCGUAACGAAGCAUAUCUCCUCGACCAUCACCGUCGGGCGUUCGGCGCACAUUUUCGCAUUUGGCGGUUUGACCUUAGCGUCAUGCAUCGCGUGGGAGGGUUGCGGUUCUCCCGGUGGGUUUACCAAAGGUUGGGCACAUAAGGGCAUGGCGUUCUUGCGCAGCGUUGUGGUCGUCUUGUAGGGACGAGUCAUCCAUCGCAUUUUGGCUGAAUGGUGGAGCACAUGGUGUAUAUCUAGGGCAAAGACAUGUUAGCAAUUUAAGAUACCGGCAUCGAGGCCUAUGGUCCUCUGUUAAUGGGAGACGUCUAUCUACUUCGCGGCGAUUCGGUACUACGGGCUCCACGGUCAGCGACGACUACUUGACUGGAAUGCUUGAAUGAUUCAGAGUCGCGCAAUGAAUAAUGCGGGUGUGUAUGAUUCAUC